AUGGCCAGAGGGAAGGAGUGCAGACAGAGAAAAGAUGCGAGCCACGAUCACCAUGUUUCAUCAGGAGGCAAACCUUCAACGGAGGAUUUGGGGGAUAAGAAGGAAAGAGAAUACAUUAAACUCAAAGUCAUUGGACAGGAUCACAGUGAGAUUCACUUCAAAGUGAAAAUGACAACACAUCUCAAGAAACUCAAAGAAUCACACUGUCAAAGACAGGAUGUCCUAAUGAAUUCAUUCAGGUUUCUCUUUGAACAUCAAAGAAUUGCUGGUAAUCACAAUCCAAAAGAACUGAGAAUGAAAAAAGAAGAAGUGAUUGAAGUUUAUGAGGAACAUACAGGGCUCAAUUGA